UUUGUAGAACAGCGCAUGGGGGCGGCAGAGAUCUCCCUUACAUCGCCAACACCGAAGAAGAAAUGCGGAAGUGUUUGUCAAACAAACGCGUGCGAUCCGGAAAGUGCUGGAACUGAUACCUCUGACUGCUGUAACUACAGCACAUGUAGACUGUCAUUUUUACCGACAGGAGAUUUUAUUCAAAGCUCAAAAAUGUCUCUUAUUUCCGAGGAAAAUGUUCGAGGUGGGAGCGUUUUUAAGGAUAUUAACGCGGACGACGAAGAUUGGCAGCCCACGGAGAUUGAGAGUCUUUGUAUGAACUGCUACCAGAACGGGGUGACACGCAUGCUUCUGACCAGAAUACCGUUUUUUAAAGAAAUAAUUGUCAGCUCGUUCAGCUGCGCUAACUGCGGCUGGUCGAACACUGAGAUCCAGUCCGCAGGCCGGAUUCAAGACCAGGGGGUCUGUUACACCUUAAAGGUCAAAACAAAGCAGGACUUGAACCGGGAGGUUGUGAAAGCAGACAGCGCGACCAUCAGGAUCCCAGAGCUGGAUUUUGAGAUCCCACCCUUUACACAAAAAGGCUCGCUUUCCACUGUUGAGGGGCUUUUGGACCGAGCAGUUGCAGGGCUGGAGCAAGACCAGCCCCUCAGGAGGACCACAGACCCCCAGGUGGCAGACAAAAUAGAGGAUUUCAUUCAGAAGCUGAAGAAACUCAAAGACGUAGAGAAUGAGUUCACACUGGUGAUCGAGGAUCCAUCUGGAAAUAGUUUUGUGGAAAAUCCCAUGGCACCUCAAAAAGACGAAGCUCUCACCGUGACGCAGUUCAAGCGGACCGUCCAGCAAGAUCAGCAGCUAGGAUUACGAGCUGAUGACGAUGACCUGGAUGGAGAACCAGCUGGUAAUGACCUGGAAACAAUGAGACAAGAGGUUCUGGUGUUUCCCACAAAUUGCCCUGAGUGCAACGCACCAGCCUCCACCAACAUGAAGCUGGUCCAGAUCCCACACUUCAAGGAGGUCGUCAUCAUGGCCACCAACUGUGACAGCUGUGGUCACCGGACCAAUGAGGUGAAAUCUGGUGGAGCCACUGAACAAAUGGGAACUAAGGUCACACUGCACGUUACAGAUCCUUCAGACAUGACCCGGGACCUGCUCAAGUCUGAGACCUGUUCUGUUAUCAUCCCAGAGCUGGAGUUUGAGCUGGGGAUGGCAGCUGUUGGCGGGAAGUUCACAACCCUGGAGGGCCUGCUAAAAGACAUCAAGGACCUAACUGUGUCCAAAAACCCCUUUGUCUGCGGUGACAGCAGCGUUACCGAUCGGGUGCAGAAGCUGACAGAGUUUGGAGAGAAGAUUGACAAGAUAAUUGCAGGAGAGCUGGACGUUCACAUCAUCCUGGAUGAUCCGGCUGGGAACAGCUACAUCCAGAAUGUUUAUGCACCAGAACCUGAUCCAGAGAUGACCGUUGAGAAGUACACCCGCUCAUUUGAGCAGAACGAGGAGCUCGGCCUGAAUGACAUGAAGACGGAGAAUUAUCAAGAAGAAAAAUGAACUGAACCAGUCAUCUAAGAUGACAGAAAGAGCUGAAAAUUGGAAAUAUUUGGACAUGCAUCCAGUGUUGUGUUGUGCUGUUUUUUGUUGUUUUUCCAAUUUUAAGUUAAAACUGUACGAUUUGUUGCUUCCAAAAGGCCACAUCCUUAUAAACUGAUAAACAUUUUAAGUUUAUUAUCGUGUUUGGAAAAUGUGCAUAACCCUAAAACCUGAUUUGUACAGUUUAAUGGAUUCUGCAGCUAAUAAAAAAAAUCUACCUAC